GCGAUCUUGCCGUCCUCCGCACGGUCGUGGGCGCACAGCGAGCGUUUCGAUUAAUUGUGCAUGACUAAGCAUGCCCCCUAUCUGAACGGGUUUGGGGGCGAGCUUCCAGCAAAUCAGAACAAAAGACAUGGCACAGGACUCUUGGGAAGAUGAAUGGGACGAAGUGGAACCAAUCCCCGUGCCUACACCGCUAGUGAAUAAACCUUUAGAAACUGUUCCACGGGGACCUACAGUUAUUGAAACUGGAAGUGGACGAACUGAGUAUGUGCCACAGGUGCGGCUUCUCAAACGCGACACCAAAGUAAAAGGAGGGACGCAAAUGGAGCGAUCGCCAUCAGGAGGGAGUAGCAAAUCGCUCGCUGAACGUGAGGCAGAGUACGCUGCGGCAAGGGCGAGAAUAUUUGGAGAGGGGAGUGACUCGCAGACGAGAGCAGAACCAAAGGAGUAUCUUGGAGAAACCAAGGGGGGUGCUGACGAAAAAGGAGAAAAGAAUCCCGCGAGAGAGGAGAAAUUUGGUGCUCAAGGCCCGCCAGAUCUUUCUCGAUCCCAGGACUCGUUUCGGAGGUUUCCAAGCGAGAGUUCAAAAGCCAUACCCCGAAAUUCUUCCAUUAACACUUCAAUGCGAACGCCGGCGUCACGAUCGCACCAGCAGAAGGAAUUCGGCGAAUCCUUGACCCCACCUUCGGUUUUCACCCCAAAUUCCCUAAAAUCUGUGAAGACCCCAGCAGGACCACCACCUGAUAAUGUAAAAGGGUUCAUCGGCAUUCGCGAUACCCAAAAGUAGAGCGUUCUAUCCUGCACCGAGCCACCGCAACAUGUACAGAUUUAGAUUCAAUUAGCCAUUUAUUACAUUGCAUACCAAACUAG